AUGGCGGACCAAGAGGAUGGGGGAAGCAACAAGGUUAAUGAGAUUGAGGCUCCUGCAUCUUUCAAGGCAUAUAUGCUGUGCAGCUUCGCCUGCUUUGGCGGCAUCCUCUUCGGAUACGACUCGGGAUACAUCAACGUUCCAGAAAGUGUCGACAUCUCAGGAUAUGCGCUAUCCAGUUGGCAGAAAUCCUUGGUUACCUCCAUUCUCUCCGCUGGUACCUUCCUAGGUGCCCUUCUCGGCGGAGAGGUUGCUGAGCGUAUUGGCCGCCGCCUGACUAUCAUGUUAUCCUGCUUUCUAUUUGCCUGCGGUGUUGCAGGCCAGGUUGUCGCCGUCAAUAUCACUGGCUUGGUCAUCGGCCGCUUAAUCGCCGGCCUUGGUGUCGGAGGUAUCUCGGCUGUGGUUGUGCUGUAUGUCUCGGAGAUCAGCCCUAAACGCAUUCGUGGCACGUUGGUCUCGCUUUACCAGUUUGCGAUCACAAUCGGCCUCUUGGCAGCCUCGGGCGCAACGCAGGGCACCGCUUCCAUCGAUAACGCGAGCUCAUACCGUAAUCCUAUUGGUAUUCAACUUAUUUGGGCUGCAGUGCUCGCAUUCGGCCUCUUUUUGCUACCAGAGUCACCUCCCCAAGCUUUGUCCUCCGCGCGUGGACAACCAGUUGACUCCCGUCUAUUGCAGGCGGAGCUGGCGGAAAUCAAGGCUAAUUACGAGUACGAAUCGCAACUCACGCAAACCUCAUGGUUGGAUUGUUUCAAGGGCGGCCUUCGAAGUACCAGCGGCAACCUUCGUCGCACCUUAGUGGGGGUCUUCUUGCAGAUGUUCCAGCAGUGGACGGGUGUCAACUUCAUCUUUUACUACGGCACGACAUCCUUCCAGUCAGUCGGCAUGAAAAAUUCAUUUCUCAUGUCCACAAUUAUGAAUGUUGUCAACGUCUGCUCUACACCGGUCUACUUCUGGACCAAUGAACGCUUCAGCCGCCGCACCCUUCUGCUGUGGGGCGCCGUACUGAUGUGCGUCUGCGAGUUUAUCGUGGCCAUUGUCGGCACCGCCAACGAAGGCUCCAAGGCCGCAAACGUGUGCCUUACCGUGUUUACUUGUGUUUAUAUAUUUGGGUUUGCGUCUACCUGGGGCCCGGCCUGCUGGGUGCUUGUCGGCGAGAUUUUUCCGCUACCUAUCCGCGCUAAAGGGGUUGCAUUGUCUACCGCUUCAAACUGGCUGUGGAACUGCAUUAUUGCUGUUGUGACACCUUAUCUAGUUGACGCGGACAAGGCAAAAUUACAAAUCUUCUGUUUCCUGUUUGCAUACGUCUUUGUGCCGGAGACAGAAGGGUUGUCUCUCGAGCAGAUUGAUCUCAUGCUUGAAGAGACUAUCCCCCGCGCGUCAGGCAAGUGGAAGCCCCAUGAUACGUUUGCGCACCAAUUUGGCCGCACCAAGGAAGCUGUGCCCACUACUGAAGAGAAGGAGAGCGCUUCUUAG